CCCACUCCCACGCACUUCCUUGAACAGUUCCUGUAUAAGUCUGGGCAGCUCACCUCUUUCAUUCAAACCACAAACUUAAUAUCAAGAGACCACACGAAGGAGACUUCCACCAUAAGAAAUCAGGAUGUACUCAGAGCUCGAGUGCGGGAUUUGUUACCAAAUCUACAACUCAGGCCGGCGGUGUCCCAGGGAGCUCCACUGUAAGCACAGUUUCUGUGAGAGCUGCCUGGCGGCCCUCUCUCGACCCCAGGGAGCCGAUUCUGAUCUGGGACAGGUGAGAUUAAUCGUAUGCCCGCUGUGCCGACACAUCACAUCCAUCUCGGGGCAGAUGAAGAUGAGAGCGGCCCUCAAGGUUGACGAGUGCGUCCUGGAGCGCCUGGUGGCUGCGGGUGUCCUUGAGGAGGACGGGGACGGUCAGGGUGAGGCGGAGGAGCGGCCGCUGCCCGACAGCCAGGCGGAGCGGAGCGACGCCGCGCCGGGAUCCACAGCCGGGAGGAUCCGGCGGUCUCUCAAGCGCGUUUGGGGGAGGAUCGCCCGGCAGAGGGGCGGAGCCGCAGAUUGUAUGACCAGUGCUGACAUGAGGGACCUCGCCAUGAUGUCCUGUUACAUGAUUUGAGGAGUCCUCAGCCUCAGACACCCUGGAUAAUGUGAAGUGCUUUUUACUCCCAGCGUCUUUCUCAGCUUGGGCUGGUGGUGAUGCAUAAUGUCAGCCUACCAACAAGAUGGACAAGCUAACCAUUUGACUACAAAAGUCCGGAAAAUUAUCAUAGGCUGUUUAUAUA